AUGAAUACUCAACAAUUAUAAUAUCUCUAUAAGCCUCCCACUAGUCCAUAGCAAUUUACAUCCAGAAUGUAUAAUUACUAUUAAACAAUUAAAAAGGACAAUUAUUGAUUAGAUUUCUCCAAUCAGAGAAAUUAUAUUGCCAAAUACCAAUCGUGCUAGCCAAAAUACUACCAGAAACAGUACUAGAGGCAUUCCUUAAUUAAUUACUACUAAAACAUAACCUUCUGUUGCAAGAGAAUCUUGUUAAAUUUAAAGAGAAUCUAUUCAUAUCAAAUAAAUAUCUUAAAUGCCUAUAGAUAAUAUUACUAAAGCCAUUUUUUAAUUAACUUAAAUUAAACAAAAAUAUGAUAAAUCACUUGAAUCACAAAUUGAUGCCAUUAUUAUCAUGCUUAAAACCUCCACUUUUGAUAAAGAAAAUUGCAAUCCUAAUUAAGAAUUAAAAUAAUAAAUUAUCUCUCUUUAAUCAAGUAAUGAAAAACUAUAAAAUGAACUUCUUUAUAAAAAAGGCGAUUAAAAAACUAUCUAAAAUUUAGAAUAAGUUAUUGUUAAUCUUGAAUCUUAAUAAAAAUCAAUCACCAAUUAAAGAGAUAAUCUUAAAUUAGAGAAUGAAAAAUUAUAACUCAAAUUAUUAAACAAAGAAUAACUCUUCAUUAACUUACAAUAAGAAGUACAAUAAUAAAGAACCUCAUAUUAACCUUAUGAAUUACUUUAUAAUCAAUAAAAAUAAAAAAUAUUAGAAUUAGAAGAAUUGAUAUCAUCCUUUAAGUAAAUUAAUUCUUAAGAAAAUGUAGUUAAAUAACAAGAUUAUUAAGAUCUCAAAUGGAAAUUCGAAUAAUCAAGUAUUUAUUAUUUAUAUAUUUAGUUAUUGCUUAUUAGAGAAAAGAUAAGGAUCUAUAAUCAAAAAUUGAAGAAAUCAAAAGACUUAAAAAUUAAGUUGAAUAGUUAUUAAAAAGAAAUCAAUCCCUUGAAAUUAAGUUACUUGAAAUUAUGGAAACAGAAGUUAAGUAGCGAAUUAUAUUAUGA